AUGGACGAUACCGCACAAUACCAGUUUGCUCUUGUAAAACAGCGAAGAGAAGAUAGGCAUGAAAUCGAAUACGAACUAAUACUACGACAGCAGCCGAAACAGUCGAGAAUGUGUGGCAUUGGAGAAAAAGCCGACAGAAGACCAAUUGAUCCACCUCCGAUAAUUCAGUUGAAGGUAUUUGAUAAGAAGCAACCACGAACCGAGAAGAGUUCGUUUUUGCAAAACCCCUAUUUUUUCAUGUACGCUUCUCUUGUGGCACCCGACUCUGAUGAGGAACUCCAUCUCCUGCGUGAUAAGAAAACACGCUCAACCACGGGUUCUACCGUGUCGUCUCUAUAUCACUUAAAAGACAUUGAUAACUCGGACGCUGGUUUUUUCGUGUUUCCUGAUCUUUCUGUGCGAAUGGAGGGCACGUACAGGCUGAAAUUAAGCUUAUUUGAGAUCAUAAAUCGUGAAGUAUAUCAUUGCAAAUCGAUAUACUCGGAUAUAUUUACAGUCUACUCUGCAAAGAGAUUCCCUGGAAUGGAAGAGUCGACUUUUCUAUCUAGGUCAUUUGCAGAUCAAGGAUUGAAAAUACGCAUAAGAAAAGAAAUAAGAGUAAGAAGAAGACUACAAAAGAGGAAGACAACCGACAUCCAAGGUGAAUCGACCAAGAAACGGUCAAGAGCUGAUGACGACGAUCAUAAUUCGUCAGAUACUACAGAAGGACGUGACGACAGGGCAAUAUCCGAAAAAUCAGUUUCCAGUGGCUAUGAUAAAUCAUUCACACCUACCAAAGAUUCCAUGUCCCGAAGUCCAACAAUCGCUCGGCCACGCCAUCCGUAUUCACACUAUGAUCACAUGUACCCUGGAUAUCCCCAACCCCGUCCUCCAAUGCAAUGGUCCGAUCGUCCAGAAUAUAUAAGCGAAUAUCACUCGUAUCCACAUCCGUAUGCUGUUCCGUACGAUCGCAGAUACGUAUAUCCGCCGUAUGCAUACUAUCCACAUCCACCGCCAAUGCACGAAUUGCCAGACCAUCGAUACGCAUACCCACCACCGCCCGAAUAUAGUCGUCCACCACCAGCACCCAUAUAUCCCAGCCAACAAGGAUAUUACGAAUCAAUGACACCUCAUCGCAUGACCUCUUCAGAAUCACCUAGCCGGCCGUAUUCGUACGACUCGCCUAGUCCAUAUACAACGCCACAACGCACAAGUCCAUGGUCGCAUUAUGGUGACCGUCCGCCAACGCGCGAUCACACAAUGGACCCGGCUUAUCGCUCGCCUGCCAUUACCCAUCCUGCUCGGUCAGGAAUGUAUGGAUAUCCUACCGAGUAUUAUCCGCCGCCAUAUCCUCCUCACCCGCACAUCCCUGCUGCGCCAAAGGGUGAUUAUCCCCCGGAAGCUAAUAUCGAUCCUGCGCUGAAUCCACAUGUCGUGGCAAAUCAAAAAAUGCCGGCAAUAUCUGAUUUGCUAUCACCAGAACAUCAGUCGCAAGUAAGUUCCGAGAGAGGUGCGAGCGUAGCUCCUUCGUCGCGACCGUACCAACCGCCCACAGGAUUCUCUCACGCAUAUUCACCGAUAAGACCACAACCGUAUCCACCCGUGUACACGCGUCCACAACAUGAACAAUAUGCUCAUCACCCGUAUCCAAUAGCAAAAUCUCAACCAACUCCUCAACAGCCGUCACCAACGACAGAAGAUCCUACUCGUCUUCCUCCCAUGUCUGUACCUUCACGCGAAGCAACAUCGACAUCUCCUACUCAUCCGCCAUCUACAGCAGCCGCACGCAGCGAAGACCGUACACCAGACUACGGAUACGACCAGCAACGCAGACAAACUUAUCCAGGUGAGGCAUCAAGUGAACAUAUAGUCGUCUCGCCAUCAUCAGCUACAUUUUCAUCGUUCUCUGGUGGUGCUAGCGCUAGGGAAAUGAUUCCUGCACAGCGUCAUUUGGCGCCGCAGAUUCUCCCGUCAUUACAUACGUUGUCGUUGGCUGAGCGACAAGAAUCAGUGGCUGGGCAAGAGUAUGAGCAACGAGUGAAUAAUGCGUAUUCUGUACCUGGAACAACAACACAUCAACAACAGCGCCAAAUGAUACAACCAUCACCAUCUCCAACCACGUCUCGACCAACUUUUCAACUAUCUCCUACUAAUCAAUCGACUCCAUCACACAAUGAUACACAUUCACCAAGACCUACACCGUCCCCGCCCACACCAGUUGAUGACGGAUGUGUUAUCAGAACGCAUAUAGAAGACUUGAGAAAUACGACGCAAAAUGAUAAUGGAAAAGGCGACAGUCACAG